CCUUCUCUUCCACGAAGUUGCUGACUCCAAACAUUGAAACAUGGCUGCCUUGUGGUUUUUAUCCUGCCUGGCAUUUUUCAGUGCCGUGACUGCUUCUCCUCUGCCACCCUCCUGUGGGGUCCCUGCAAUCAAGCCCGUGAUCACAGGUUACUCCCGUAUCGUGAAUGGAGAGGAUGCAGUGCCCGGAUCAUGGCCCUGGCAGGUGUCCUUACAGGAGACAAAUGGAUGGCAUUUCUGUGGUGGGUCUCUGAUUGACCAGAACUGGGUUGUGACAGCUGCCCAUUGUGGGGUGACGACCAAAAAUGUUGUAGUGCUUGGGGAAUUCGACCGCAGCUCUCCCAAAGAGGACAUCCAGAAGCUGGCUGUUGAGAAGGUCUUUGUCCACCCAGACUGGGACUCUGUGAAUAUCAACAACGACAUCGCCCUCAUCAAGCUGGCCACCCCUGCCACGUUAGUUAAGACAGUGUCCCCUGUGUGCCUGGCAGAUGCCACAGACUCGUUCAAGAGUGGAGACAUUUGUGUCACCACUGGCUGGGGCAAGACACGCUACAAUGCUUUCACCACCCCGAACAAGUUGCAACAAACAGCUCUGCCUCUUCUGUCCAAUGAGCAGUGCAAGAAAUUUUGGGGCACCAAAAUUACUGAUCUGAUGAUCUGCGCGGGUGGGGCAGGCUCAUCUUCGUGUAUGGGUGACUCUGGUGGACCCCUUGUGUGCCAGAAGGGAGAUGUUUGGAAAUUGGUGGGCAUCGUUUCUUGGGGCAGUGGCCGCUGUUCAGUUACCACGCCAGCUGUCUAUGCUCGGGUCAGCGUCUUGCAUGACUGGGUGGACAGCAUCAUAGCCAGUAACUGACCUUUCUGAAUCUGGGAGAGGGAAUGAAUGCAAAUGAAUCCAUUAAAGUUGUUUUUUCUUUGAGCUUCA